AUGCCUGUGAUUACACAGACUUCUGAAGAGACCUCUGAGGAGACAUCUGCUGAAUCAUCUGCUGAAUCCUCUGAGGAGACUUCUGAAGAGACCUCUGAAGAGACCUCUGCUGAAUCCUCUGCUGAAUCUUCUACUGAAUCCUCCACCAAAUCUUCCACUACGACAACUGCAGAAUUCACUGUCCCUACACGCACUGUCACCACGGAUCUUUCAUAUUCCUACACCUACACUGCUGGUGGGGAAACUACAGACUGUUAUACAACAGUAAAAACAGUUACUCAGAAUGAUUUGACAUACAUUGCAACUGCAUGGACUGAUGCACAUGAUGACCCAGCUACUGGGGAAACCCGCUACACCCUUUACUUGUUUGUUAACUUCACUGAAGACUAUGAUGACGUUACUGAUAUUCAAUAUUUGACAGAGUCAACAGCAAGUGAUGUCCACCUUUAUGAGGUCAGUGAAUUCACCGUGAAUUUGAAGCAAGGUGCUGUUGCUAUUCUUACAAGCAACCAAAACACGAUAUCAGCUGCUACCGGUAUCGUGGUAGUUGAGAAGGGAGGAAAGACAUACCUUGUCUCCUACUCGUGUAGUACGAGCAGACUGACAUUGGUGAAGACUAAAUUCCCUGAUGGAUUUACCUAUGAUUACUGCUCAACAUUCCCUAUGGUGUUUUUCUAUGAAAGUUAUUGUAACCAUCAAGAAUCUGCAAACACACUCAUAGAAUUCAGGCCAGCUGAUGACAAUUCGUCAAUUUCUAGUGAAUCUAGCACAGUGGAUUCAACUGCCUCUGCUUCUGAUGACUCUACCUCUGAGACAGAAUCACUUUCAAGCUCUAUUUCUGAGUCUCAAGUCAGCAGUUCUGACCUUGAAUCUUCCUCAAGUGAUCUUGAAUCUUCCUCAAGUGAUGUUGAAUCUUCCUCUAGUGAUGUUGAGUCUUCCUCUAGUGAUGCUGAGUCUUCCUCCAGUGAUGUUGAAUCUUCCUCUAGUGAUGUUGAGUCUUCCUCCAGUGAUGUUGAAUCUUCCUCUGGUGAUGUUGAAUCUUCCUCAAGUGAUGUUGAGUCUUCCUCUAGUGAUGUUGAGUCUUCCUCUAGUGAUCUUGAAUCCUCUGCUUCCUUUGAAGAUCUUUCUUCCCAAACUUCUUCUACUAGUAUCAUCACUGAGCCUGUGUUCACCGCCUCCAUCGUUCCCCUCGACAACGACGAUAGCAACGAUGAUGGCAACGACGAUGGCAACGAUGAUGGCAACGAUGAUGAUUACACAGAUAAGGGAAUCAACUGGAAUCUAGCCAUUCCUGGAUCCAUUGGCCCGUGGUCGUAUGUUGAGAUUACUGCUACCAAGAAUGGUACUGACAAUGAUGGGUUCUCCUACACAGGAGCUUUGGUUUAUAUCGAUGGUGAACUGACCGAUUCUGCGGAGGUUACUAUUACUUCCAGUACUGUUUCAAUCCUCUUCACUGAAGUCAUACCAUUGGAUAGUGUGGUAACUUUCACUAUUAGCAGUGAGGUUGUUUCCAGCAACGUUUGGACCUCAUAUGUUCAUAUUGUUAUUGAUACUAUAGACAAGACUUCUGAGGAGACAUCUGCUGAAUCAUCUGAGGAGACUUCUGAUGAGACUUCUGAGGAAACAUCUGAGGAAACAUCUGAGGAGACUUCUGAGGAAACAUCAGAGGAGACCAUUGACUCUACCACUGACUCUACCACUGACUCUACCACUGACUCUACCAUUACUUCUUUAGACUCCACAUCGAGUGACAUUACAUCUGAGAACCCAACAGAAACUCCUUCUGAAUCUAUCGCAGCUCCUGAAUUCACAGGUUCCUUUGAAGAUGGAAGCCCUCUCUGGCUUUUGAACAUUCCAGGAUCACUCGGACCAUGGACCUCUGUUGAGGUGAUAGUGACAAAGAAUGGUACCGAUAAUGAUGGAUUUGUUUAUGUACAAGCCUCAGCAUACGUUGAUGGACAGGAUAGUGACUCAGCAGAUAUCGAUCUUACCUCCAGCGUGGUUACAAUCGUCUUCGACAGCGAGAUAUCAUCCACCAGUGUGCUCUCCUUUGAGAUAGAAGGUGAGGUUACUGCUGACAAUGUUUGGACAUCGUUCGUUCACAUAGUUAUAACCACUCCUGAUGGAAAGAAGCUGGUGAAGAGAGCUGAGUUGGUCUUUGAUUUGGAAGCUACUAUCACAGGUACUGCUUCUCUCUCAUCUGAAUCUUCUGAGGCUUCUGAGGCUUCUGAGGCUUCUGAGGCUUCUGAGGCUUCUGAGGAAGUGAGAACUACUACUGUCGUUGUUACUUCUUGUGAGGACGACAUCUGCACAGAGGUUCCAGUUACCACCACCACUGUUAUCACUGUAACCUCUGCUGAAGGAACCUUGGGUACAGAGACUGCUGCAGGCAACACUGUGACUGGUGAUGAAGUUGUCGAAACCGAUGUUACUUCGAAGACAACUGUGACUGCUACUGUUACCGGUACUGCUAACAACCAAGAGGGCUCUGUCGAUACAGCCACUGCUGCUGAAAACCAAGAGGGCUCUGUCGAUACAGCCACUGCUGCUGACAACCAAGAGGGCUCUGUCGAUACAGCCACUGCUGCUGACAACCAAGAGGGAUCCACCUCCACUGUUGAUUCCGAGAACAUCGUUGAAUCCAAUGGUUCUACAACUGUUACAUACCUUGGAUCUGAGACUACUGAGGGUUCUGCAGGUUCUGAAACAUCUGGCUCAGAUACUACAGCUGUAUCUAUCACAACAUUUGAAGGCUCUGCAAACAAGUUGUCCAACACACUUGGUGCUAUAAUGGUCUUAGGUCUAUUGGCGUUGUGAAUUUGAGGGCAUGUCACUGCUCGUCUUGAUCGUAUUUCUUGAUCGCAUUUCUUUAUUGUUUUCGUUUCUAUGUUCAUUAUAACUGUUCAAAACUCAGUUACAACUGCUUUCGGUUGACAUUGAGAGAACAGUACUGUAUUUUAACUGACUUCGGUUGAAAUUGAGUAAAAAGUAUGGUGUUUUAACUGACUUCGGUUGAAACUUAGAAAGACGUUCCUG